AUGCUUCAUUCGCGCCUGCGGCCAGCUCCCCGCCGCAAUGCCAUGCGACCCGUCACCACAUCGGCAGUUCCAGCGCCUGACUUUCAGGACGAGGAUGCAGAGGGCUCGGACGUAGAAGAGUCUGCGGAAGAUCUGUUUGGUGCCUUUUUGCCUCAUCUCUUCCCAGACGACGCGCCUUCAUUCCACGGCGACCCGGGUCAAGUUCUCCUCUAUUCCUCCCCGCGAUAUGGCGAGCUGGAGAUCAUGGUUCCGUCUUACCCCGGCCAGUCGGAGAAGAGGUCGGAGGAAAUAGCAGCUGGUCUCAAGAGGAAGGAGGAGGAGCAGAAUAAUGGGAAGAGCGUGCGCAAUCUGACCGAAGAGGGCAGGCAGCUGUUUGCGCACUUCUUAUGGAGCGCGGGCAUGGUCGUGGCGGAUGGGGUAGAGACGGCGGAUAGUCCUGCGACUGCUGACGAGAGUGCGGCACAAAGGGAAGCUCGGGAGAUUUGGUUGGUGAAGGGGGAGACGGUGAUGGAACUCGGUGCCGGCGCCGCGCUUCCCUCCAUCGUAUGUGGCCUUGCAAACGCCUCCCUGGUCGCCGUGACCGAUCACCCUGCAUCGCCUGCGUUUGCCGGCGCAACUGGUGCUAUCGCCUUCAAUGUGAACCAAAACAUCCUUGCGCGAGACCCACGGCCCGAGACGACGGUCAUCACUCGGCCGCACGAAUGGGGCAAAUUGGACGACGCCUUCGCGGACUCGUACAGGGGAAAAUUCACUCGGAUCAUCGCCGCAGACUGCUAUUGGAUGCGCGCACAGCAUGAGAAUCUUGUUCGGACGAUGGCGUGGUUCUUGGCUCCGGGAGGAAAGGUCUGGUGCGUGGCGGGGUUCCACACCGGCCGAGCAAUUGUGGCGAGCUUCUUCGAGACUGCUUCAGGGAAUGGGUUUGAGAUUGAGCGAAUCUUUGAAAAGGAUCUAGUCUCGAGGAACGAAGAUGGAGGGGAGAUUCGACGAGAAUGGGUCCCUGAGCGCGAGGGCGAGAGUCCGGAGAACCGGAGCCGAUGGUGUGUGGUUGCAGUAUUACAAAGGAAAGCGUAA